CCCUCUCGCCACGGAAGACCGACUAGGCUACAGUAAGCUUCCCGCACCCCUGCCGAUGAUGAUGUGCGUCCGUGCAUGGUGGGCAGCAUGUUCCUGGCUAGCGGCGUGGGCCUGGGUGGCAGCGAGCGUCCCGGUGGUCAGCGAGAGGGACAAGCUGCUGUACAUAAUGAUGGACGGGCUGAGGUGGGACUACGUGGACCAACAGGACGCCGCCGUGUUGCCGGGCUUCAGCAGAAUACUACGGGAGGGCGUGCGGGCCGAGUGGACUGACCCGGUGUUUCCAAGUCUCUCCUACCCCACUUGGACCACGUUGUCCACGGGCAGAUACCCCGAGACGCAUGACAUCGUCGGCAACUACUUUUAUGAUGCUGACGCUAAGGACAGUUUUUCUCUCUUUGACAGCGCCUCAACAGGAGAGCCAAAGUGGUGGACGUCUGAGCCUAUCUGGACGACCGCCGAGAAGGCCGGCCUGAGAACAGCUCAGUUCCUGUGGUCCCGCUGCGACGUGCCCAUAGACGGCGUCAUCACGGAGUUCUGUGAGCCGUUUGUCAAAAUCCCUGGCAAAGAAAUUUUCGAAACGAACAUUCAAAGAGCGCUGGAGAAAUUCGACGAAGGAUUUGAUUUCGUACAGGUGUACACGGAGCACGCCGACAACAUGGGACACGACUUUGGUCCCGAGUCUGAAGAGGUGCGGCAGGCGGUCCGUGACCUGGACGACGUGUUGGUUCGGCUCAUGGCAGGGCUGGAGGAGCGGGGCCUCGUCGACAGCGUGAACAUCGUGAUAGUGAGUGACCAUGGCAUGACCAACACUGCACCGGGCACGAUUGAGCGUCACGAGAUCGACAACUACCUGAACACUAGCCUGGUCGAGAACGUGGCAGACGCGGGCGCCUUCAUAAACAUCAAAGUGACGGCGGGUAAUGUGGACGUGGUGUACGCCCAAGUGUCCCAGAUCCCCGGGGUGAGGGCGUACAAACACGUCGACAUCCCUGACAGCUUUCACUACAAGGACAGUCCGUACAUUCACGACGUCAUCCUUCUCGCCGACAAGGGAAACUUCGUCUUGGCCUCACACUCCGACAAGCAGCUGCCGCCCCGCAAUGACUACGUGUAUAUAGGCGCCCACGGCUACAACCCCGCCGAGCAGGACAUGAAGGGUGUCUUCUUCGCCCGGGGCCCUGCAUUCCUGAGCGGCCAGGUGGUGGCUCCCAUCCACAUGUCCGACGUGUACCAAGUGCUGACACACGUCUUGGCCCUCACGCCGCAGCCCCAUAACGGCACUUGGGCCCGCGUGGAGGGUAUCUUCCGGCCAGAUGACGUCUCUGUGCACAUCGGAGCUGCUGCCGCUGCUUCAUCGUUCCUGCCGGCCCCCAUGACUCUGAUGCCUGCGCUGCUCCUGGCGGCAUGGUUCACUCUUCAGCCCCGUUCACACUGUGCCGACUCUGGGCCACGACAACCCAGCGACUUUUCCAUUUGACAAGUUGGUUCCCACGCUCCAAGAAGGGGGGGAGGUUUUAUUGGGGCCUCUGUGAUCGUGAAGUGUGUGCCUUUUGGGGGGAAAUGAUAGCUUUGUUUUAGUUUAUUUCAGGAUGCUAUUUACAUAUGGAAAGGAUUUCGUAUCGAAGAAAAAAAUAGCAAUGUAUGAACAUAUAUUUACUGUAAGCCAAGGACAUUGUAAACUGCAAUAUGUAUGACAUUGUUUUUCCUGAAAUAUAAUUUCUAAAGCC